AUGUCCGCCACUCACUACCAAAACCUCCCCAUCCUCCCCAAACAGCCCGCCCUGCUACAGCACGGCCUCCCAGUCGCCCCAAACUACUCGCAGGACCUCGUUCAGUAUCCACAACCCCACUUCAGCGACCCCCUCGAUCCUCCUUCCAAGAGCGAAAAGCGGAGCAAAAAGAAGCACUCCAGACACCGCCGCCACCACCACAAGAAACACCACCGCUCCAAGAAACACAAACUAGGCGCCUACAUCCUCCAACUCAUCGGGGUACUAUGCCUCAUCCUCGCGGCGAUGAAGGCGUUCGAGCCGCUGGCGGGGAUCGGGUUCGUGUUGGUUGUGAUUGGGUAUGAUGGCAAGAAGUUGAAGAUGGUUAGGGGGAUGGGGGUGGGGAGGGGGGUGGGGAGGGGGGUGGGGAGGGGGGGUGUGGGCGAUGUUGUGAGGUCGAUGAUGGAGGAGGGAAGUGAUGCGGAAGGAGAACGUGAAAGGCGAAGGGAAAUGAAGCGAAAGGAGAAACGCAAAUUGUUGGAGGCCCGGCAUAGUCCUGAGGAAGACUAUGAGUAG